AUGAAUGUCUGUCCCUCUAUCUUCUUGGAAUCUGUUGAUAGCCAGGAUAUCAAAUAUGUUGGGGUUAUUGGCUACCAUGGAGAGCGGGAGAUAAAGAUAGGAGAUGAGGUAACAGUCUGGGCAGCUCUUUUCACAAAUAAUGCUGCAGAUGAGACAACGAAGAAGAGGAUGGAGGCUUGGGAUGAUGUCAUACUUAAAAUCGGCGACGAGACUAGAAGCAGAUGGAAUGCAACAUACCAAGUUGCUGCUUAUGGAACCAAGCUUGAUGAGAGGACUGAGUGGUUAAUUUUAAUCUUGCAGAUUAUUUUUGGACAGAGUGGGAAAGAGUGGGAAAAGCUACCAAGUAACAAAAACAUAACUUUUUCUAACAGCUUGCAGAAAAUCUGGGUCAAGUCCAUUGUAGAUAACGACAACAUUAAAAAUGCCAAAUACAGUGGCUACUCCUAUGUGCAGAUCGUCUUGAUUUACGGCCUCCCUUGGGGCCUUGAUUUCGGCUCUGCAAUGAAUCCCUAUUCGCAGGCUUCGAAUGCGAUUUCUAAGUCGAAAAACCAUGACCCCUGA